AUAAAGGACAUACUAGACUUGUGCACCUAAUAAAGGAAAGAUGACGACUAAACGCCGCAAUCAUGGUCGCGCGAAGCCGCCGCACAGCCGUGGGCGUGUAAAGCCGGUGCACUGCUUCAACUGCGGUCGUCUGACGCCGAAGGAUAAGGCGGUUGGCCGCUUUGUCGUGCGUCGGAUGAUGGACGCCGCCUCCGCGCGGGAUGUGGCGGAGGCCUCUCCGGUCUACGGGGCGGGCUUCCCGAUGCCGAAGCUCUACAUGAAGCAGCGCUUCUGCAUUGCGUGUGCGAUUCACAGCCGAACCGUGCGUGCGCGCCCGGUGGAGAAGCGAAAGAUCCGUUUCACCAACAAGGUUCCCUACCGCCCGGCCGUCAAGAAGAACUAGUGUUGCUUUACCAAUAAACUGUUAUUUUUUUAGUUCCGUUGGGAAUGUCCUUUAUUUAGAAAAGUAAAAGGACCGGACGAUCCACGUCGUUCGGACUUUUUACGAAAAAUACUAAUCCCAUGUGGCCAUGUGUAUGAGCCAAAAAA